AUGGGAAACUCAUGGGCAUGUUUCACUCCCAAGGGCGUAACCUUCACAAAAAAACCCUCAAAACGUUUACCAAACUCUUCUUCAACCAAAAGGACUAAGAAAAAGGAUGAGAAGCUUGAGUUUGAUGAUGCUCUCAUUCACCAACAGGCUCUUGCUGCAGCUUUCCUCUUCCACCAGCAUCAGCAGAACGGUUCUCUACCCCUUAACCUUAACAGAUCCACUUCUGUGGUGUACCCAUCUACAGCUACUCCUAAAAAGCUUCCAAAGAGUUCAAGUUCUAGACAGAGGUCACGUACUAAUCAUUCUCCCAUUCAGCCUCUUCAGCUUGUUAACAAGGAUCUAAAUACUGAUGGCCUGGAAACCAUACAUUUUGUUCUUGUUCACGGAGGUGGCUUUGGUGCUUGGUGUUGGUAUAAAACAAUCACACUAUUGGAAGAAAGUGGAUAUAGAGUUGAUGCAGUUGACUUAGCAGGUUCUGGAAUUCAUACAUUUGAUACAAACCGCAUUACGAGUCUUGCACAAUACGUAAAGCCACUUACUGAUAUGCUAGAGAAACUUGGAGAUGGAGAAAAGGUGAUUUUGGUGGGACAUGAUUUUGGUGGUGCUUGUAUUUCAUAUGUAAUGGAGUUGUUUCCAUCUAAAAUCUCAAAAGCAAUUUUUAUAGCUGCAGCAAUGUUGAGUAGUGGGCAGAGUUCCCUUGAUAUGUUUUCCCAACCGACAGGUUCAAAUGAUCUGAUGCAACAAGCUCAGAUAUUUUUGUACACCAACGGGAAAGAUCAGCCUCCAACUGCUAUAGAUCUUGACAAAGAUUUGGUGAAAGAAUUCUUGUUCAAUCAAAGUCCUGCUAAGGAUGUUGCAUUGUCAUUAGUUUCAAUGAGGCCAAUCCCUUUUGCACCAGUUAUAGAGAAACUCUCACUUUCUGAUGUGAAUUAUGGCUCUGUCCGGCAAUUCUAUAUCGGAACUCAUGAAGAUUGUGCCAUACCAGUUGCUCUGCAGGAGAACAUGAUAAAGACAAAUCCCCCAGAACAGGUUUUUUGGCUCAAAGGUUCUGAUCAUGCACCUUUCUUCUCAAGACCUCAGUCCCUACACAAAAUACUAGUAGAGAUAUCACAAAUUCCAUCAAAGCAAGCCUGAAUCCUACUGCACCAAAGCCUGGUGUGGUAAAUUUCUGGCACAGUGUGGCCUACAUAUAGUAAGUAGCAUGAUGCAUAUCUGAUCAAAGUUAACCAACCACGAUAUAUAACACGAUCAUGUGCUUGAAUAUGCUAUUGUUUUCUUUGUGUAGCUGUAAAAUUUAUAAAUAGUUAUACAUCUGGCAUCUUCCAAUCUUUAUAGUACAUGUAUUUCAUGUGCUUGUUAGUACAAAUGAGCAUGUAUGAAUUUAAGUUUACAAAUUUGUAUAGUAACUAAAUACGAAGU